UUAAAGGGGGGGGAGGAGAGAGGCUCCCACCACCUUCCCCCCACCCUCGAUGGGAGAGGAGGAGUCUCCGCUGCUGCUGCUGCCGCUGCCCGGAGAGCGCUGGGGGGAAAGCGAUUGGCACUAACUUCGGAGUUGGGGCAAGCUCGGGGAAAGAGAAAAGAGACAGCUGCAUCCUCUUGCAAAUUUGGACUUCUCAGUAAUGGCAUCAGCUCUACCUAGGACCCUGGGGGAGUUGCAGCUGUACCGAAUAUUACAGAAAGCCAACCUUCUUUCUUAUUUUGAUGCCUUCAUCCAACAAGGUGGUGAUGAUGUCCAGCAGCUCUGUGAAGCUGGUGAAGAGGAGUUUUUGGAAAUCAUGGCCCUAGUGGGCAUGGCUAGUAAGCCCCUUCACGUCAGAAGGUUGCAGAAGGCUUUAAGGGACUGGGUUACAAACCCUGGUCUUUUUAAUCAGCCUCUCACUUCAUUGCCUGUCAGUAGCAUCCCCAUUUAUAAAUUACCAGAGGGUUCUCCUACAUGGUUGGGAAUGUCUUGUAGUUCUUAUGAGAGGAGCAGCAAUGCUCGGGAACCUCAUUUGAAGAUUCCAAAGUGUGCUGCUACCACAUGUGUACAGAGCCUGGGGCCAGCUAAGUCGGAUGUUGUGGGGACCUUAGCGCUACAAAGUGCCGGUGACUCCAGGCUCUGGCAAGGUCACCAUACUACGGAAAGCGAGCACAGUCUCUCCCCCGCAGACCUCGGCUCCCCAGCAUCACCAAAAGAAAGCACAGAGGCUCUGGAUGCAGCUGCCGCUCUGUCUGUGGCUGAGUGUGUAGAACGAAUGGUCCCCACACUGCCCAAAAGUGACUUGAAUGAAGUGAAAGAAUUGCUGAAAACCAAUAAGAAGUUGGCUAAAAUGAUUGGCCACAUCUUUGAAAUGAAUGACGAUGAUCCACAUAAAGAGGAGGAGAUUCGGAAAUAUAGUGCAAUAUAUGGGAGAUUUGACUCAAAAAGGAAAGAUGGCAAACAUCUCACACUUCAUGAGCUGACUGUUAAUGAAGCAGCCGCUCAGCUUUGUGUCAAAGAUAAUGCCCUUUUGACAAGAAGAGAUGAACUCUUUGCCCUUUCUCGGCAGAUUUCUCGAGAGGUUACCUACAAGUACACUUAUAGAACAACCAAGUCUAAAUGUGGAGAGAGAGAUGAAUUAUCCCCCAAGAGAAUUAAAAUAGAGGACGGAUUUCCAGAUUUCCAGGAUCCUGUGCAGACUCUUUUCCAGCAGGAUGCUGUAAAAGUUCAGUUAGCAUUGGCCAAAGCUAAAGGUGAAGAAUUUGCAGCACUUAAUUCUCAGCAGCCUGAAAAGGUGAUGGCAAAACAGAUGGAGUUCCUUUGCACCCAAGCUGGUUAUGAGAGACUACAACAUGCAGAAAGACGAUUGUCUGCAGGGCUUUACCGGCAGAGCUCGGAAGAGCACAGUCCAAAUGGCUUAAUAGCAGAUAAUUCCGACGGACAAGAAAGACCCUUGAAUCUCCGAAUGUCCAGUUUACAAAAUAGACAGCCUCCACAUUUUGUGAUGGAUGGGGAGCUGAGCAGACUUUAUUCCAGUAAUGAGGCCAAGUCUCAGUCAUCAGAAAGCCUUGGGAUUUUAAAAGAUUUUCCUCACUCAGCUUUUAACUUGGAGAGGAAAGUCAUAAAAACAGAGCCUGAAGAUACAAGAUAGCCAUGAUUCUCCCACUGUACGUUGGAAAAAAUGGCACCAGAUCUGAGGAUAAAGCUACAAUACAAAAUUAAGCCUUAAUAACCAAUGUUGCCUCAUUCAAGUCAAACAGAUUUCAUAGCCAAAGCUUAAGGACUGGUACAUUAGUCUGUGGAAACUGAGUGGGGAGGGUGGGGGGAGAAGGGAUAGGAAAAAAACAUCACAAUCUAGAACAGUUAUAUCGGUAAAUACACAUUCCUGUAUAAGUUGUUUCAUUAUGUGGGGAAGCUUACAAAUUAAUAUUGUAGGCAUCCAUUAUUUAAGAAUGUAAAAUGUAUUUGUAUAACUUAUAAAAGUAAAAUCUAGGUGUUGAGACAUGUAUUCAGUCCAGUAGAUGUGGAUACAAUUUAUUUUACUUGAAAUUUCAAUGUCUACUUUAAAUGUAUCUAGCAUAAAUAUGAGUGUUAUACAUCAGAAUUUAGAAAUCUAUGGGAUUAUAGGAAAGAAAGCUAAUUAAAGUGACAGGUAAACAGCAAGUUUACUUUUUUUGGGAAAAUAAAAAACAAGUACUUCAUAUUUUAAUGAAGGAAGUUUGAAUGGCUAUACCUUUGAUAAAGCCAAGCUUGUUUUAGAGGAGAUAAAUAUGUAUAUAUAUAUGACAUUUAUUAAUGUAAUGUCAUUUUACCAGUUUCAUCAGUGUACUUUUAAAUAUUAAUCAAGUACUAGGGAAUAGCCAGAAAUAUCAAUCUAGUGGCUGCCAUAUGGACGUGACCUGCAGCAUUGGCCUUUGCAUAGCAUAACCAUUAAGGCAUUAACAAAACAAAACAAAAAAAGAUUGGAAUAUCUUCCUUGGACAGAAAACUUGAGACAAGUAGGCUGAUUUGCAAAUGGCCUAGUUUUGGAUGUUUCAGAUCACUAAUGUGGAUCGCAGAAGGACUUCAUCCAGAAAGUGAUAAAGGAGUGAUGGAUAAUGGCCAGAUCCAUAGCCCAUUAUUGAAACAACUUUCCUCUAUGUCUUGAAAUUUGCUCUGCCUGCAGAGGUGGAUGUGAGCGACUAGAUGCCGAUAGGAGGUGCCCUCUUGUCCAAAUGAUGCUAUGUUUUUACCAAUCACUGGAGACAUUGUGCAGACAUUCUUUUCUACAUGUGCUUUUAGUUGAUAACCUGUAUUUGUUAUUUAUUUUGCAGUUUAAUUUUUGUAUAUCUUUUCUUUUUUCAAAUGCUUUUUUUCCCUGAAAAUAAUAAUAGCUUGAAUACAUUUCUGUCUUAAAUUCCACUGUUUAAUGUGAGACUUUGGCUUAGAUACAAAUAUCUGUAUGUAUGUGUGUGUGUGUGUGUAUAUAUGUGGCAGGCUUAGUUCACAUAUACCUGCCUGUUUACUUAAGGAUAAGAAUUUCCCAUUUGAAUCCUUUUCCCCAUGGCAAACUACAAAUGAGGCUUUUAUUAAAACAAACUUUCCUUAUUGGUUUGAGAAGCAGUAAUAAGAACAUGGGUUAAUAGACAGAUUUCCAUACUUGCUCUUAAAGUACCUUCUCAACCCUUGGUUGAGAAUAUGAUGUGCCAUGAAAUGUACCUUUUCUGUCUGUAGUUCAGUUCUGCAUUGUAGAUAUGUAACAAUUUUACCCAGUCAUCAUAUAUGCCAUACUAAAAUUUGUCAGCCCAGUGUUAAAUGAGGUGUCUGCACUCUAGUCCCUGAUCUCUGUAAAUGUGUAUAAUUGUUUUAUCACUUUUGAUUUGUGGAAGAGCUUUAUAGUGGAAACACCAGUCAACAACUUUUCUAUUAUUAAAAGGUGGUUUUUCCUCCCUAAA